CUUUACCCGACACUUUUCUCUGUUUCGCUAAGCUAUCCCCGACAGUUUUUUUUUCACUCUCACUCCCAAAUACUUUCAUAUUUUCAUCUUUCUCUGUGUGUUCCCUCAUCCCUGUAAAGCUAAGCCAAAAGGAAAAGCGCUUUCCGAUCAGAAUGGAGAGCAUACGGAGGCAAGCAAGCAAGCUGAGGGAGCAAGUUGCCAAGCAACAACAGGCAGUGUUAAGACAACUGGGACAUUUUGGUCAUGAAACAGUCAUGGUUGAUGAAGCUGAACUUCAGUGUCACCACCAACUUCAAAAUCUAUACAAUUCUACGAGAGCAGCUAAGCAUUUUCAGCGGAGUAUUGUUCGUGGAAUUGACGCCUUUGUUUCUCUAAGCUCAAAGCAAAUGGAGAUAGUAAGGAAGUUGGCUCAAGAUUGUUGUAAAUAUGGAGAUGAGAAUCAAAGCACGAGUUCUCCUCUUGCAAAAGCUUCUGUUCACUUUGGUACGUCGCAUUAUUCGAUGGAGGAGCACAAGGAGACUUUGCUUGGGAUCCUUGGUGAUCAGGUAUCUGAACCACUACGGGCUCAAAUAACAGGAGCUCCUCUGGAAGAUGCUCGCCACUUGACACACCGUUAUGACAAAUUGCGCCAAGAGGCAGAGGCCCAGGCAGCUGAUGUAUUGAGGCGCCGAUUGAAGUCAAGGGAAUCCUCUAUUUCUAUGGAGACUUCGAUGAGGCUUCAAAAUGCAGAAGCAAGAUUGACUGAGCUACAAUCUACAAUGAUGGCACUUGGGAGAGAAGCAACUGCUGCCAUGUUGUCAGUUGAGGGUCAACAGCAACAAAUAACUUCCCAGAAGCUUCUUACUAUGGUGAAUGCUGAGAGAACCUAUCAUCAAAAGGUUCUUGCUAUUUUAGAGAAGCUACAUGCCGAGAUGAUACUGGAGAAGCAAUUGAAAGAGUCUUCAUUGCCAUCAGAGAGAAUGUGGAGAGAUGUGUAUGAUCAGCAAGUGCAUGAAAAUAUUGAUUCAAAUAGAUCUGGUGAUCAUGAGCAUACUAUUCAAAAUGAACAGUACUUUAUUGCAAAGGCUGUACAUUCAUUUGAUGCUCAAAAUCAAGGGGAGUUGAGCCUAUCCAUUGAUGAUUACGUUGUGGUUCGGCAGGGUCCUAAGGUCCAGUCCCGUUUAGCAGUAUAACAAGUCAGAAAGUGUAUGCUUCAAGUUUUACUUGAAAAUCCAGCUAGUUACAUUAAAUGAUCGAGACAUGUAAGAUAAUCCUUCACAUCUAAAAGCAUAAUUAGAACGGUUCCGAUGACGUUUUCGUAGUAGCAAUGCCUCCACGUAGCGACUCGCGGAUUGCUGUCUACAUUUAAUUUGUUCAGCUGUUAUGCCCAACAUCACCUUCAUGAAUACAUUAUCUGUUCUAUAUUGAAUGUCACCCCAAGCUUAUUUAUGGAGAGGAAGCAAAGUUCAGCAUUGACCUAGUGUACUCAGUGGCAAUGUAUAUGUCUUAUCCAUAUAUUCCCAUUGCGUUUGAAGAAAAAAAGAAAAGAAAAAGAAAGAAAGAGUAAAUCAGUAUCUGGUACCAAAUUUGGCUCUAGAAAUCAAGUGUGAACAUUUUAGUUCAUUUCAGAGUGGAUUGGUUUUAUCUUGGGAUUUGCAUUCAGUGUCUUUUAUUCUUGUAAUAUCAUCACCAGGUGACCCCGAAUGGAUGGUCUGAAGGAGAAUGCAAAGGAGAGGCUGGAUGGUUUCCCUCUGCUUAUGUAGAAAGGCAGGAGAAAGUAGCAGCAAGCAAGUUAAUGGAAGCAAGUUCAAAAAGGUGAUCACAAAGGUUACCC